AUGGGCUGUUCCGACCCUGCGUACCACGAGACCUACUUGCCACCUUACCAGAACUUCACGGUCACAGUCCCCUCCGCUUUUGCGGUAGGUCAGGCUCAGGUCAACGUGGCUCAUACCACACUUAUUGGGGCUGGCCCGUAUCAUGAUCCGGAAACUCUCAAUCAGACUAUAAUCAUUUCAUAG